AUUCCAAUCAGUACCAGUGCAGACGGAAGCUACAUCUCCAAUAUCCUCUCUGCAAGUCACCAAAGAAGAUCAACGCGGGAGGUAUCCCAGAGCCUCAAACAGCUGUAUUUUAACGUCACUGCGUUCGGACAGGAAUUCCACCUCCGUCUGAAACCCAACACUCGUUUAGUGGCUCCUGAGGCCGUCGUGGAGUGGUACGAAGACUCUGUGCAAACUGGAAGUGAUGCUUGUAACACGAGUCAGAGUAGAACUGCUACAGAGAGGUUAUGGAAGAGAGAGCCCCUGUGGACCAACUGUGCUUAUGUGGGAGAUAUAACAGACAUCCCUGGAGCUUCCGUGGCUAUCAGCAAUUGUGAUGGUCUGGCUGGAAUGAUAAGAACUGAUAAGGAUGAAUAUUUCAUUGAGCCUUUGGAAAGAGGAAAGCAAAUGGAAGAAGAAAAGGGGAGAAUCCACAUGGUGUACAGGCGAUCAGCUGUAGCGCAGCAUCCCACCGAUACACUCCCUGAUGUCCAUAGACAAGAGUCUCUUCUGGGUGGCCUUGGAGAGCUGAGUUCCUUAUCCAGCAGUGUGGAGCAGCAGCUAAACAGCACCCUGAGGCGACGCAGGCAUGCAGGUGAUGACGACUACAACAUCGAGGUGCUGCUUGGCGUGGAUGACUCUGUCAUCCGAUUCCAUGGCAAAGAACAUGUUCAAAACUACCUCCUCACCCUCAUGAACAUAGUGAAUGAAAUUUACCAUGAUGAAUCCCUGGGCAUUCACAUAAAUGUCGUGCUGGUCCGGAUGAUCAUGUUGGGGUAUGCAAAGUCCAUUAGCUUGAUUGAAAGGGGGAAUCCCUCCAGAAGCUUGGAGAACGUUUGCCGCUGGGCAUAUCAGCAGCAGAAGUCAGACCCCAACCACUCUGAGCACCACGAUCAUGCCAUCUUCUUAACCAGGCAAGAUUUUGGGCCUGCUGGUAUGCAAGGAUAUGCCCCUGUUACUGGCAUGUGUCACCCCGUCCGAAGCUGUACCCUCAACCACGAGGAUGGGUUUUCAUCAGCUUUUGUUGUCGCUCAUGAAACGGGUCACGUGCUGGGAAUGGAGCAUGAUGGGCAAGGGAACAGAUGUGGGGAUGAGACAGCCAUGGGGAGUGUGAUGGCUCCCUUGGUGCAGGCUGCCUUUCAUCGUUACCACUGGUCCAGAUGCAGCGGCCAAGAACUCAAAAGAUACAUACACUCUUAUGACUGCCUUCUCGACGACCCUUUCGAACAUGACUGGCCCAAGCUUCCUGAACUGCCAGGCAUCAAUUAUUCCAUGGAUGAACAGUGCCGCUUUGAUUUUGGCAUUGGCUAUAAAAUGUGCACUGCGUUCCGAACCUUUGACCCGUGCAAGCAGUUGUGGUGCAGCCAUCCAGAUAACCCAUAUUUCUGUAAGACUAAGAAGGGACCUCCACUUGAUGGAACUGAAUGUGCCCCUGGAAAAUGGUGCUAUAAAGGUCACUGCAUGUGGAAGAACGCUAACCAGCUGAAGCAGGAUGGCAACUGGGGACCCUGGACAAAAUUUGGCUCCUGCUCACGGACCUGUGGGACUGGAGUUCGCUUUAGGACACGCCAGUGCAACAAUCCAACGCCCGUUAAUGGAGGUGAGGAUUGUGCUGGCGUCAACUUUGAGUUUCAACUUUGCAAUGCAGAAGAGUGUCCGAAGCACUUUGAGGACUUCAGAGCGCAGCAAUGCCAGCAACGCAAUUCUCACUUUGAGUAUCAGAGCAGCAAGCACCACUGGCUGCCAUACGAGCACCCCGACUCUAAUAAGAGAUGCCACCUGUACUGCCAGUCCAAAGAAACUGGAGGUGUUGCCUAUAUGAAACAGUUGGCACACGAUGGAACUCGCUGCUCCUAUAAAGAUCCCUACAGCAUUUGUGUUCGUGGAGAAUGCGUGAAAGUGGGUUGUGACAAGGAAAUUGGCUCCAAUAAGGUUGAAGAUAAGUGCGGCGUCUGCGGCGGGGAUAAUUCUCAUUGCCGGACUGUGAAGGGAACCUUCACCCGCACUCCCAAAAAACUUGGGUACCUAAAGAUGUUUGACAUCCCUCCCAGUGCUCGACAUGUGUUUAUCCAAGAAGACGAGGCUUCUCCUCACUUUCUUGCAAUUAAGAACCAGGCUACAGGACACUACAUUCUGAAUGGGAAAGGGGAGGAGGCCAGAUCCCGAUCUUUCAUCGACCUGGGUGUGGAGUGGGAGUACAACAUUGAAGAUGACAUCGAGACUCUCCACACGGAUGGGCCCUUGCAUGAUGCGGUGGUUGUGCUGAUCAUUCCUCGGGAGAAUGACACGAGAUCCAGCCUGACCUACAAGUACAUCAUUCAUGAGGACUCAGUACCAACUAUCAACAGCAACAACGUCCUUCAGGAAGAAGUAGACACUUUUGAGUGGGCAUUGAAGAGUUGGUCACAGUGCUCCAAACCCUGUGGUGGAGGGUUUCAGUACACCAAAUAUGGGUGUCGCAGGAAAAGUGAUAACAAAAUGGUUCAUCGCAGCUUCUGUGAAGUCAGCAAAAAGCCCAAGCCCAUCCGUAGAAUGUGCAACCUUCAGGAAUGCACCCAGCCUCUCUGGGCAGCAGAUGAGUGGGAGCACUGCACCAAAAGCUGUGGGAAUUCUGGGUACCAGCUCCGCACGGUGCGCUGCAUCCAGCCUCUUCAUGACGGUGUGACCCGCUCCGUGCAUUCCAAGUACUGCAGUGGAGACCGCCCCGAGAGCCGCCGGCCGUGCAACCGCAUACCAUGCCCUGCACAGUGGAAGGCUGGAUCCUGGUCUGAGUGUUCCGUGACCUGUGGGGAGGGAACUGAGACCCGGCAGGUCAUGUGCCGUGCUGGUGACCAGUGCAAUGGAGAAAAGCCAGAAGCAGUGAGGGUUUGUAAACUCACUCCCUGUAACGAUGAGCCCUGCCUGGGAGAUAAAUCCAUCUUCUGUCAAAUGGAGGUGCUUGCACGGUACUGUUCCAUCCCUGGCUACAACAAGCUGUGCUGUGAGUCCUGCAGCAAGCGCAGCAGCACCCUCCCACCACCAUUCCUCACAGAAGCUGCUGCAGCUGAAGAGGAAACAACAUUCGAUCAGAGCCACCUGCCUGGGACACUGAUGGUGCCAACACUGGCAGUGUCCCACCAGACGCAGUUCCUGCCUGGGAGGAGCAAUCUGGUCAGGCUUCCUUCUGGAGAAGAAGACACCAGUCCACGCAUCUCCCCAUCCAACACCAAGCCCAGUGGGGCUGAGUUCCCACAGUGGAGAGUUCCUCCGGCAAAGAAGACUUCUAGGCUGUUGGCUUUGCUGCACCAGUCACCUGCCAACAGCAGCAGUCUCAGUCCUCACCAUGCCCUUGGGUUGGCAGCGGCCAUUCCUGCAGUGCCAGCUAAUAACACCAUAGCAGGGGCUCCUUCUCUAUCACGAACCUCGAGGAAGAGCGAGAAGCAUAUUGAGAAGAGGUGGUCUUCAAGGUCCUCUACUGUGGAACGAUGA